AUGUCGACCUCGUCCCGCACCGAGAUCGUCCUCGUAGCCUCUCCCGACGGCCCCAUCACCGCCCACGACCCCUUCUCCUUUGGCCCCCCGCUCGCCCGCUUCUCUACUGCGACUGCCGCUGCCACAAUUCCCCGCAAUGGCCUCGCACUCGUCGGCCCCCGCUCCGUUCAGCUGAUCGCAGCCUCCCACAUAUCGCCAUCCACUGCCGCUUGCUCCGUCCGCCUCUACAGUUGUUGGUGGUCCCCCGCCCCGGCCCUCUCCCUCCCCGUCCCUGAGCCUGUCGCACCCCUUGCCGCCACCCCUGAUGGGCCUCCUCACCACCUCUUCUGUGGCGGCCUCUCUGGCCGCAUCCACGUCCUCUCCCUCCCAUCCGGCGAUCUCUGUCGCCCUUUCACCGCUCACACCCACUCCGUCUCGUGCCUUGCUGUCAAUGACGACGGCUCCCUCCUCAUAUCCGCAUCCGAUGAUGGCACGAUUGCGGUGUUCCCGAUAAUCCAUCUCCUAGAUGAAGACCCCGCCGUCGAAGUUACUUCGUUAUACACGAUAUCGGCGCACGACGCACCGAUCACAUGCAUUACAUCAGGCCCUGGAGGCUGCAACGCCGCGAUAGUUUCGAGCUCGCUCGACGGCACGUGCAAAAUGUGGAGGCUCGCCGACGGGGUCCGCAUGCGAACCCUAACGUUCCCGUGCGGUCUCUGGUGUGUUACAACAGACCCAAUUGAUUCACAACUCUACACCGGUGGAUCAGACGGAAAGGUAUAUGUCGUGCCAUUAAUAAAGGAAAGAGUAAAAGAACCUACAAAAAGGGUUAUUUGGGAAUCUCCGCAUAGUAGCGGCGGUGAGGUUAUGGCUAUGGUCAUGGCGAAUGACAACGAGAACAUAGUAACAGCGUACGACGACGGAGCCGUAAAAAUAUGGGAAGUGAAGAGUGGAUUGAUGAUUAGCACAUUUUGUGUUCAGGGGGGGAGUGUUAGUGAUCUCAUUGUGGUGAGGGGAAGUGGAGUUCAUGGUGUUGGUGGAAGUGGAGUUCCAGUUGUAAGUGGUUUUGCUGAAAGGGAGUUGCAGAGAAAGGGAAGUGAGGUGUGGGAACUGGAAAAGAGGUUAAGUGAAGUGAGAGAGGGGAGGAACAGGGGGUUGGAUUUGGCUGAGGAUGCUAUGGAUGUGUAUAGGAGGUUAUUGGUUCUCUUUCUUAGAGAGGCUGGGGGUGGUAAUAACCAUUAA